AUCAUCUCCAGUGACCUCGAGUCGCUCCCACUCGCGACCUGCCGCCAGCUGCCUUUACAGAGCAUUUCUUGAGCCAACAGCUGCCUGCAUCUUUCCGUCGCGACCUAAGACACAAAAUGGCGAACCAAGCGCCACCCGACAUCAACUCGAUCCUACGGCUUCUAGAUGCCACCCAACACCCCGCGACAUCAACCCCUACGCAGAACCAGCCCGGCCUGCCUGCCCCGACUGGCCCCCCCAUGGGAUCGUAUGCGCCCCCCCAGAACCCAUACGCGCAGCCCCAGUCCUAUCCCCCCGCUGCUGGCGGGUACUAUCCUCAACCCUCGGCGAGCGGCAACAUCGACCUGAGCGCUAUCCGACCCGUCAACUCGGGCACCGUCCCCCUUGCCGACGCCAUAGCUAAGGCCAAAGCAUAUGCUCAGGAGCAGGGAUUUACACCUUACGACCGCCCUGCCGGCUACCCUCAAGACGCUCGCCCUGCAGACGGGCGCCAGUACCAGCGGUCGCGUUCCAAGAGCCCCCGGGGCGGACGCGAUGCCUUCCGCGACAACUUCAACCCCUACCGUGACGAGCGGAGGGCUGAACACGCCGGCCCGCCGCGUGAUUUCCAGCGAGACCGCUCCUUCUCUCCCGGCCGCGGUCGCCAAAACUUUUCUCCCAGAGGCGCAAACGGUGGAGGUCGCGACCGCUCUCCCCUGAGAGGCAAAGACGACAACACCGAGACGAUCGAGAUUGAGUCGACCCUUGUCGGUCUUAUUAUUGGCCGCCAGGGAGAGAACCUGCGCAGAGUCGAAGGUGACAGCCGCUGCCGCGUGCAGUUUGUCCCCCCCACUGGCCAGAACGAGCCCUUCCGGUUGUGCAAGAUCACUGGCCCGCGAGCCCAGCGCGAGGAGGCGAAGGAGAUGAUCAACCGCAUCAUUCAGGAUAGCGGCAUGCGAGGCGGUGCUCCGCCUACCAACAAGGGUGGCCGAGACCCCAACCGCGGUCCGACAGGCGCCCCUCCUGCCCUCAAAGAGGGCGAGGACAGCCUCCAGAUUAUGGUCCCCGAUAGAACCGUGGGCCUGAUUAUCGGUCGUGGCGGCGAGACAAUUCGUGACCUUCAGGAGCGCAGCGGCUGCCAUAUUAACAUAGUGGCUGAGAACAAGAGCAUCAACGGCCUCCGGCCCGUCAACCUGAUCGGCUCGCCCGCCGCUGCCCGACAUGCAAAAGAGCUGAUCCUCGAGAUUGUCGACAGCGACAGCAGGAACGGCAAUCCGGGUGCGCCCUCCGGCGGCGGCAAUCCCGGCGGCAUGCAGGGCGGCAUGGGUGGCGGUGGCAUGCAGGGUGGCAUGCCUGGCAACCCUCGCGGAGGGCGGAGCGAUAACAUGGGAGGCGGAGAUCGGAUCAACGACUCUAUCUUCGUCCCUUCGGAUGCAGUUGGCAUGAUCAUCGGCAAGGGCGGCGAGACGAUUCGCGAGAUGCAGAACACCACGGGCUGCAAGAUCAAUGUUUCGCAGUCUUCAGGGCCCGGCGAGGUCGAGCGUGAAAUUGGACUUGUCGGCAGCCGCGACGCCAUCACUAGGGCCAAGCGUGCUAUCGAAGACAAGGUCGAUGCGGCCAAGCAGAAGAGUGGUGGUGGUGGCGGUGGUCGCGGUCGUGGACCGCCCCAGCGUGACUACGACAACUCCGGAUAUGGGCAACAUUCUAACCAUAGCAGCGCACCCCAGCAGACUAUGCCACCUGGUAACGCGGCCCCUGCUGGGGCUGGCGGCGAAGUUGACCCCUACGCCAUGUGUAAGCCUAUCUCUACUUCCAUCAACUUUGCACUCCCUAACGCCGAACAGAUGGAGGGUACGAAGCCUAUGUUGCUUUGUGGUGGCAGUCCCAGCUCGCGCAACAGGCCCAAGGUCAAGGAGGCCCCGCGGCCGGGAGCUCGUGAUGUCGUCGCCAUGCUCUCAGACUCUCUGAUGCGCUUGCUGUUGACUCGUUCGCUUCUCGUUGAUGCGUGUUGACAUGGCCGUUGGUCUGCGCUGCUCGUCUUGACAAUGCCGCCGCAUAUUCGCUGAUCGUCUGACUUGACUUGGCCGUUCUUAUGCUACCAGAUCAUGGAUAUGUGAGCCUCUGGCUCUCGGCGUAACUGCAACCCAAAAUUUCUUAUGCUGUACAGUACGACUUCUCCUCGGGCCGGUGCCCGGGCGACCCUGCAAUCGCCCACGUCAGCAACGACUCGUGCUUUGGCCGCCUGGAUCUGAUCUGUCCGCCU